GAUUCGAAUGUGGUUGAGGAUAUACCAAUAAUGAGAGGAUAGCGGGGUGGUCGUUGAUGCGAAGAUGACUCAGCAUUCACUGUGAUAGAAGUGACCAAUGGGAAGCUUACAUUCCCUGUCACUAGAUGAUCUAACUUCGUUUUCUCUAAGCCUACUAUUUUGACUUGUUAAGAUACGAGCUUCGAAUUCAGUUUUAUGUUGAAUGUCUUUUUGCUAUUAAAAUAUCAUCGUACGAGAUCAGUCUGGCACAGCAUCAGGAUAUCUGCAAGACAAGCUCGAUUCCUCCAGGCUCAAGGCUAGUGGUUGCACCCAAUAUUCCAAAGACUUACCAGCUUACACUUUAAUUAGGAAGAUCGAAACUUCAAAGUCCAGGAAACGAAUACCAAAGAUCAACCAACCUUCGCAUAAAAAGUUCAAGAAUAGAAAUGUCUGAAGUAAAAUCUCCAUCUGCCUUGAGUGGCUUCACCAUGAUCGGCAUUACAGUCUUCCAACGUGUAUGUCCGCUCCACUCUUUACAAUUCUCUCAUUAAUCCCUACACAGAAAGUCUACAAUCUCCUUCUUCAGAUUCCUUCCGGAAAAGUCUCUUCUUAUGCAUCUCUUGCUAAAGCUCUCUCAACUGCGCCUCGUGCAGUCGGCGGAGCUUUGAAGCGAAAUCCUUACGCGCCACAGGUGCCAUGUCAUCGGAUCAUCUGUGCUGAUGGUGUAUGUUUUUUUCAUCAUUCUACCAAAAUUGACAUGUAAUCACUUGUAGUGCUAAUCAGGUUGUUGAUGGUAGGCAAUUGGAGGGUUCAAGGGGGAAGCGCAAGAUGCACCGUCGGGCAUAAACCAAAAAGAGAAAUUGAGCUUGCUCAAGAGUGAAGGGGUUGAGUUUGACGAGAAUGGCCAAUUAGUGGAUGAAGAAAGAUGGUGGGAUGAGUUUCGUGUCUGAGCACCUCUGCACGCAUGAUUGAUAUUUGAGGCAAUGGAGUGCGAUAAAAGAGCAUUUGGGAAAUUGAAUGGACAUCAGAUUCAUUAUAAUCAGACUUAGAUGGCUUAGAUGGCUUAGCCAGUGAGUGAAAUUUAGUAGCAACUCAUGUUGUUUCAUCCGCUGAUUCGCGACCAAAGCUUGUCUAAUGUCAGUCUUAAUUUCAAGCCUAAAAUAGCUAUAUCCGGCAAUCCCAGAAAAUUGUUUGGGCCCAGAGCAAAGGCGAGAGCAAAGGCGAGAGCAGAUAUUAUAUUGUAAAAGUGGUAGGUCGAGAUACGUGCGUCCCGAUAGCACGCUGUGAGGAGGGAAUUGAAAGAGAAAGCUGAAU